UAUCCUGUUACCUACCAAGUCCGUCGACCACCUUCUUCUAUCCGUUCGAUUCCCCUUACAGUUAGCUUCUUCCACUGCGAUACCGUUACUGCGUACUCUGAUUUGUCGUCGUCCGUUUCCUCUAAAGCUCCGUCGGAUUCGCACUGGUAGAACAAACCGUCCAGCAUGAGUGACACGGCCGAUGCACACCGCGGCGGUAUCCACCAGGACACGAUCCGGGAAGAACCAACGACGAGUUAUUCCUACAGCGUGACUCACAGCCCGUCGGGCCAAUCAUCGUCGUCGUCCCGACCUCCCUCGCACAUGAAAAAUGAAGUGUCCGGCGAUCACCGACUCUCCAGUAUACACCGCGGCGAAUCCGAAGUGGAACAAAUGGCGGAACGAAUCGAAACACUCCGGGCCAAUCGCGUCGUCAUUACGUUUCCCGUCCGUGUCCGCUUUCUCACCGAGUGUCGCCAGAUUGCCGUCGAACAGGGCUACGACUCCACCAAAAUUAGUCGGACCGAUCUCGAAGUCUUGCGCUCCCGGAUUGCCGAAGAAGCGUCGCGGACACCGGAGGUCUGGACCCGCGCGUUGGGCGUUUUGGGUUUCUACAACGUGGCGCCCGCCUUGUCGGUCGUGCUGGAUCGGGCGAUGGAAACACUACUACUGCACGACGACGACUGGUUGCACUACCAAGACUUUUCCUUCUACUAUACCCGGGUGGUGGCCCGUUGGCCCUGGUUGCGUUCGGAAAUGCGCGUCGCUUGUCUCAUUAUUUUUGCCUACUAUUUUUUUACGCCUAUUCUGUUCUGUCACAUUGUCCAAGAAGACACCAUUUGCGUGGAUCUCGGCCGUUCCUACGACGGGUGGUUAUCGAGUCUGUACUUUGCGUCGACGACGCUUUCCACGGUCGGGUACGGAGAUUUAAAGGUGGAGCAAUCCCCACGGUGGCGGUCUUUCAUCGGAUCGCUCUACAUGAUCGUGUCGAUUGUCGUGGCCGUGGUGGCCUUUUCGGCAGCCGCCGGCAACGCCUUUUCGCCAUUGAACACCUACGACGCUUGGAUCGCCAAUUUCUUCAUUGGUGAUCCACACCCCAACGAUUUUCUCUACACCCGCGUCGCCCGCGUUAAACUCGUCAAGAUAACGGAGAUUGUCGUCCAAUUCGUCCUCCUCAACCUGAUUGGCGUCUUUGUGACGCGGUACUACGCCCGGCAUUCCGAGGUGGAGGAGCAGCAGUGGACGUGGAUGACGUCGUUGUACUGGGCCAUCCAGACCACCACGACAAUUGGAUACGGUGACUUGGAUAUGCCCUUUCAGUUACGAUGGUUCCAAAUCUUUUACCUCACACUAUCGACCUACUUUGUGGGCAAUUGUCUGGGCAAACUGGGUGCGUUACGUGCCGAAUUGGCGGAAGUCCGACGACGGUACGUGUGGGAACGCCGCAAGGUAACCCGUCGGUUCAUUGACGAACUACAGGCGUACGAACACGACGACAACGUGGAUCAGUUCGAAUUCCUGGUGGCGUCGCUGUUGAUGCUCAACAAGAUUUCGUCCGCGGACGUGACACCCAUUAUGGACAAGUUCCGGGAACUGGCGGGGGGCAAGGGCUUUAUCAACGCGUUGGACGACGCGGAGGAAGAUCCGAUUGCGGACGAAGCGGAAGCGGUCGACGCCGACAUUCAGGGUCAGCAAAGCUAACGAAUGGCAAACGUACAGCAAUCCGGUUUUGGGGCGACGCGUGGAAAACCAUACCGACGACUCUUGGUUGGUUUGGGGUUGAGUGCUACUGUUUAUGUACGUACGUACGUACGUAUGAAUGAGUGUAUCUGUGUGUAUAUAAAGAGAUAACGUAUAAAGAUGCAUUAGGUAUGCA